AUGACGUAAAACCAAUGCGACAGCAAGACCUAGUUAACGUCUCGCCUGAGCAAUGUUCCAAAACUAUUUUUCAUUUAAUGAGUGACCCACAUUGUGAACUGAUAUAGUGAUUAGGGAAUAAGGAAGUGAGUGAACGGUUUUAAAAUCAAUCUAGAAGUCAUGGAACCGGGUCCGUCGUCUCGCUCUUCCGCCGCUCGGGAUCUGGUUCCGGCUGCCGGGAGGUCUUCUGGCCCGGCUAGAGAGGCGGACAUUUCUCGGGACAUGAAAACACACUUUCGCGUGUGUCGCUUCAUAAUGGAAGCAGGAGUUAAGCUGGGCAUGCGGUCUGUGCCUGUUGCUACAGCGUGUGUAUUGUACCACAACUUCUUCAAACGUGUCAGCUUAAGUGUCUAUGAACCCUACCUGGUGGCCAUGAGCUGCUUGUACCUGGCAGGCAAAGUGGAGGAGCAGCACAUAAGGACCCGUGACAUCAUCAACGUAAGCCACAGGUACUUUAACAGUGGCAGCCCCCCUUUAGAAUGUGACAAGGAGUUCUGGGACCUGCGGGACAGUGUGGUGCAGUGUGAGCUCCUCAUCCUUCGACAACUUAACUUCCAAGUCUCCUUUGAACACCCACACAAGUAUCUACUCCACUAUGUGAUGUCCGUCAAGUCGCUGGUGAACCGCCAUGCUUGGUCUCGAUGCCCUGUUGCUGAGACUUCCUGGGCAUUGCUUCGAGACUGCUAUCAUGGGUCUAUGUGUAUCCGGCACAUGCCCCAACACAUCGCCAUAGCAACACUGUAUUUGGCUCUCAACAGCUAUGGAGUGGAGCUCCCUGUUGGGGAGAAACGAUGGUGGCAGGUGCUUUGUGAAGGUGUGACCAAAGUGGAUAUAGACGCUGUGAUCUCUGACCUUCUCCAAUUGUACGACAUGGAGGCCAAGUGUAUCUGAGGACCCUGCUGGCAGACCUGCACACACAAGACACCGGUUGUUCAUGCAGCUGCGUGUGUACAAUGGCCAGUGUGUCAUUUUUGUGGGGAAUUGUGUAUCCGGGCAUGCAUGCGUGAGAGAAUUUGCACACGAGACAGAGCUGUGACAAAAACACAAACUGCACUACGGAGGCUUAACCCUGCGGUGGAACAAUUCUUCAUUUCCUUCUUUCUGGUUGCACAAGUUUCACUCAGCGAAACUGAGAUUGUGUAGAUUUGUAUUGCUGGCAGCCGAUUGGCACCUUUCUUUUUACCUGGUUUUGACUGAUCGGUUGUUGUUGAGCUUUGGUGUAUUUAAUUGCCAUGUUUUACAAUAUCAACAGAAAAAAAAGGUUCUUGCUGAGAGCAAUAUUUGGACCAACUCUCUGUUUCUCAAGACCCCUUUACUGUCAUUGACAAAUACAUAGCCCACCUUUGCAUUGUGUACUAUGAAAGUGAUGAUUCACAUCAUCCUCAUAUAAGUCUUCGAGAUCAUAUUCUUGUACGUAUUUGGCAGCUCAACUCCUUUAAGUCUUUAAGGGCGUUCCCUUCAUGGAGAUCUUUUCAAAACAGCAGUUUUAGAUGGAGAAUCCACCUGAUGCAUAUAUAGUGUAUGCAAAUAUUUUAUUUGAAGGCCUUGUUAAGCAUGAAUCGUUCCUAUGAAAGACCUCAAAGCAAAAAGAAAAGGCAAGUGUACCACAACAUUGGGUUCAACUGCAUGUUACAAUAAAAUGCAACACGAGA